CCAGCUUUUGACGAAGCUGAAGCUAUAUUUGGGUUGCCUGGCGUCAAAAUUCUAGCGAUAAGAGUGCGAAAAUGCGUGCCCAGAAUGGAAGAAUCUGGGGAACUUUGCACGAUGGGAAAUUUAAAGUGCAAAGUGUAACCGAAGCUGAUCUUGAAGAGGCGCUUGAUGUUCUAGAUGGUUCAUUUUUCAUUAAUGAAUCAGUUUGCAUUGCUUGUGGAAUUAAUUUACCGCAGAAUGCUCAGUCCCGCCAAGAGUUACGAGAGUUGUGCAAAAUAACAGCCCAGGAUGGGGUUUCACUUUUGGUUAAGGAGUUGGCCACGGGGAAGAUUGUGGCAGUGUCUUUUAAUAAAAUACAGUACACUCCACCGCCUGGCGAGGAUCAUUUCUUCUUGAAAUUCCGCAAUGAGGUCGCUCAGAGUGCUCAGGCCCGGCGUUUGAUGGAUUUUAUGAUCGAAGUCGACGAAAGGAUCGAUGUUUGUGCCAUGUACAAUAUGGAUUGUUUCUGCGAGCUUAUGUUUUUGGCCACCUUGCCCUCCCAUGAGCGUCUGGGACUUGGUCGCGCCUUGGCCGACUAUACCAUUGAACUCACUAAAGAGCUUGCGGAGGGAAAGGGUCUGGAUGACAUUAAUGAGAAGCUGCGCGCCAAACGUCCAGCGGCUGUGACAGCUCUAUGGACCUCGAGCUUCUCGCAAAAAGUUGGCCGUGCUACAAAUUUUAAGGUUCUUAACUCCGUUUCCUACGAGGAAUUCCAAUUCGAAGGCAAGCGUUUUAGCGAGCGCAUUAGUCCCUUGCAUAAACUAUGCGAACAUGUCAUUUACAAGUUUUAAAAAUUGUUA